AUGAUCGCUCCAGAAAGAGAAGGUCGUAAGCCGGUUUUCACGGGGAUAUCGUGUCUGCAGCUUAUCAACCCCGCACGACGCGAAUCUGUCAAGAUAAUGACAGACACCUUAUCACUCUUCGACGCAUCGCGUCCUCGGAUCUUCGACAAAAGUCUAGACUGCCCAGCUACCAAGUCAUGGCUCGAUGAGAUUGUGUAUGCUUUCAGAGUCAUCGUGAAGCAGUUCGCCUUCGCGUACUCGCUUCUACAGAGCAAGAUCACAGUCGACGCAGCAGCUCCCAGCAGAUACCAUUGUGGCGAUGGUAUCUAUGAAAGAAGCUUGUUUUGCAUCUUGAGCUGCGCUGUUUGGAAGAAUUCGAAGAUUCUACUCAAUGUGGACCGGCUCAACAUGGCCACGGACAAACCCGGUUUCCUGCUCCAGCCGCCUACUUUCCCCAACCUCGAUACAAUGGCCAUUGUCCAGGACCUACUCCACCAGCUGUAA